CUUCUCCAUCGCGGAGUGGAUAUCUUUCAGUGGCUUGCAAGAGAACUAGCUUUGCUUCAGAAACUAAUUGAUCGAGCCAAUGAAAAAGGUUGGCGAAAAGAGCUGUUCGAGUACUUGGAAAGAAAGGAACUACUUGAGAAAUCAGAUCAACAAUCAAGGCUAUUGCGCGAGGUUCCACAAAUAAUUGCAGAAGAAAUAGAGGUUGAAGCUACACCAGAGUGUCGCCAAGGGGAAAUAAAACAAAGAAAUGAUGAUUCCCCGGGACCAAUCAUUGAGAAACCUGUGGAAGCUCCCGUUUCCGAUACUAGCGAUGAUGAAUUUGAAUUAACUUGGACAUUAGAUAUUGAAGAAUCUGAGCGCGGUGGUUCAGUUCAAGAAUCACAACAGCAGCUAACAAAAUCCUUAAACGAGAACCGCGGGGAGAGUGAAGCACCAAAAGAGAAUGUAAGAGAAAGUAAGUCAUUGCAGGGGGUAAUGGAGCUGCAUGUAAUUGAUUUGAGCGACGAUGAGGAAAGUGAAGCACCAUCUCAGAAAGAGCAGACUUCCGGUGACAAGUUAGAAAGCCUGAUAUGGCAUUAUCUUGAUCCCCAGGGAGAGAUUCAAGGUCCUUUUGCUAUAACAUUGCUAAAGCGUUGGAGCGACGCCGACUACUUUCCUUCAGAUUUUCAGAUUUGGAAAACAGGUCAGAGCCCCAAUGAAGCUGUGUAUUUGAAGGACAUUCUAAACCGGGUCUUUCCGAGUUAGUUUGAAAGUAACCGGACUUUUGUUGGGAAUAUAUGUAACGUACCUUAAGAUUUGUUUUCCUUGAGAAAAUAACAUGAAUUUUGUAAGAAAAUAAUGCCAUCAGAUAUUUUGUCUA